AUGUCCGGAGCUGCACAAGGAUCCGCCGCAACCACAAAGGCUGUCGUCGACGACAAAUCGAAGAACGGCGAGCCCGCCGUCGAGAAGAAGCCCGCCGCACAGCUAGAAGAGGACGACGAGUUCGAGGACUUUCCCGCUGAAGGUACACAAGCCCUGGCAAACCAGAACUGGACGGAGGAGGACACACAAAUCCCCGGAGGCAACACACAUCUCUGGGAGGAGAGCUGGGACGAUGAUGAUACGAGCGAUGAAUUCGCGGUGCAGUUGAGGGAAGAGCUCAAGAAGCUAGGGCAGACGAAGUGA